AUGGAAUAUCUCAGCAGGCAGCUAAAGACAUUAGCACAACAGUCUAAUUUCAACUUUCAUCCGAAAAGUGCUAAGUUAAAACUGAUUCAGCUGAGAUUUGCAGAUGACUUACUUUUGUUUUCUAGGGGAGAUAUUACUUUUGUGAAAAUGCUCUUGAUGUUUUCAAAGCUUUUCAAUAACUUCUGGACUAAUAGCAAAAUUAAGCAAAAGCUCAGUAUUUUUUGGAGGGUAGAACAACAUGAAAUAUUGGCUAUUCUGGGAUUCUCUAAAGGGGAACUUCCCAUAAGAUAUUUGGGUGUCCCUUUGAGUUCAAAAAGGGUCUCAGUGAUGCAAUGUCAACCCCUGCUGGAUAAAAUGAUAGAAAGGAUCAAGUCAUGGACUAAUAGAUUCCUCUCUUAUGCAGGUAGAGCCCAAUUGAUUAAGUCUGUCCUGUUUUCCAUUCAAGUAUAUUGGUCCCAGAUUUUUGUGCUACCUGAGAAGGUGAUAAAACUUAUUGAAGCUAACUGUAAAAGAUUCUUAUGGACCGGAGGUAUUGAACUAUCCAAAAAAGCUUUAUUGGCAUGGGAUAAAAUUUGUAUGCCUAGAUCUGCUGGUGGCCUAAAUAUACUUGAUAUCUCUGUGUGUAAUAAAGCUGCAAUGUGCAAACUGUUGUGGAAUCUUUGUCAGAAGAAAGACAAGCGAUGCGUAAAGUGGAUUCAUGUGUACUAUGGGACAAACAGAAAUUUGAUUGAAGAUGUUCCCCAACAAGCAUCAUGGAUUAAAAGCCAAGAGAUACUAUAUUGA